UAGACAGCUGACGGAAUCAUAUCUGACCCAUCAUGAUCAGGUUGUGACCCCCAUCGUCUCAAUCGGACGUCGCUCGACUUCGUUGCUAGAGGAUGGAAGUCGAACGGAAGUUUAGGGUGACUGCGGAGAAUCCCUUCGUCAAUUUGGAGGAGGGAGAAUACUUCGUUCGGAAAGAAGAGUUGCUCCUCCUCGAUCAGUACUUCGAUAAUUCUUCAUUCGAACUGACGGUGAACGAUCAUUGGCUGAGACAGAGAACGGUCGACUCGAGUAGAGGAGUGUGGGAAAUAAAGUACCGACACGCGCUGCCGCAGGACGGCGUCGAAGAACGUCACUGCACGCAGUACAUGGAGACGUCGGAUAUACGAGAAAUAGCCUCUUGCAUUAGGCGAGUGCUCGCUGCCGCGGACGGAGCUUCCUUUGAAGAGAUCCUGGAAAGCUUGCAGUGCUGGUGUGCCAUUCGCACGACCAGACGCACUCAUGAACUUAAGGUCCAUGCGUACGGGUCACCGAUCACCGUUGUUCUGGAUUCUUUCGAUGGGAAACACGUGGGAGAGGUCGAGAUUAUCCUUCCGGAGAACUCAACGCCGGAAGAAGUUCAUAGAGCUGAAGGAGCCGUCGACGCCGUAUUCUCCCGCUUCGCGCUCGAGGAUGCGUCCGGUGGAAAGGUGGAAAAUUUCAUAAGAGAGCAGAAGCCGGAGCUCUUCGACAAACUGAAGCAUCUGCUCACUAAAAACUGA